GGCGGCUGCAGUGGCGGCGGCGGCGGCGGCUAGAGAAGAGACGACCACUGGCUUUAGGCUAGUCUGACCGCCGCAGCCGCACCAUGCCCUGGCCCAGCGACGAUCAUCCGGCCAUUCUCAGGCUGCAGAGUGAUGCCACGACGGCGUUCCUGCGGGCCGCGAGGUCGGGUAACCUCGAGAAGGUGAAGGAGUUUCUGGACAGCCACCUGGACAUCAACACGGCCAACUCGAACGGACUGAACGCCUUGCACUUGGCGUCCAAAGAUGGCCACUUGGAGAUCGUGCAGGAGCUGCUGAAGCGCGGCGCCCUCGUGGACGCGGCCACGAAGAAGGGAAACACGGCGCUGCACAUAGCCUCGCUGGCCGGGCAAGAGGAGGUGGUGCGGCUGCUGAUCCAAAGUGGCGCGCAGGUGAACAUUCAGUCGCAGAACGGCUUCACGCCGCUGUACAUGGCCGCGCAGGAGAACCAUGACCAGGUGGUGAAGCUGCUGCUGGGCAACGGGGCCAAUCAGAGCCUGGCGACCGAGGACGGCUUCACGCCGCUGGCGGUAGCCAUGCAGCAAGGCCACGACAAGGUAGUGAGCGUGCUACUAGAGAACGACUCGAAGGGCAAGGUGCGCCUGCCGGCGCUGCACAUCGCCGCCAAGAAGGAUGACUGCAAGGCGGCCGAGCUGCUGCUGCAGAACGAGCACAAUCCGGACGUGACGUCCAAGAGCGGCUUCACGCCACUGCACAUCGCCGCGCACUACGGCAACGAGGACAUCGCGCGGCUGCUCAUCAAGCGCGGCGCGGACGUGAACUUCCUGGCGCGGCACAACAUCAGUCCGCUGCACGUGGCGGCCAAGUGGGGCAAGGGCGGCAUGGUGCGCGUACUGCUGGAGAGCGGCGCGGCCAUCGACGCGAAGACGCGCGACGGCCUGACGCCGCUGCACUGCGCGGCGCGCUCCGGCCACGAGGAGGUGCUGGGCGCGCUGCUGGAGCGCCAGGCGCCGAUCUCGGCGCGCACGAAGAACGGCCUCGCGCCGCUGCACAUGGCCGCGCAGGGCGACCACGUGGAGGCAGCGCGCGUGCUGCUCUUCCACCGCGCACCCGUGGACGAGGUGACCGUGGACUACCUGACGGCGCUGCACGUGGCGGCGCACUGCGGCCACGUGCGCGUGGCCAAGCUGCUGCUCGACCGGCGCGCCGACCCGAACGCGCGCGCGCUCAACGGCUUCACGCCGCUGCACAUUGCCUGCAAGAAGAACCGGCUUAAGCUGGUGGAGCUGCUGCUCAAGCACGGCGCCUCGAUCGAGUCGACCACCGAGUCGGGCCUCACGCCGCUGCACGUGGCCAGCUUCAUGGGUGCCAUGAACAUCGUCAUCUUCCUGCUGCAACACGAGGCCAGCCCGGACGUGCCGACGUUGCGCGGCGAGAGCCCGCUGCACCUGGCUGCGCGCGCCAACCAGACCGACAUCAUCCGCAUCCUGCUGCGCAACGGAGCCCGCGUGGACGCGCGCGCCAGGGAGCAGCAGACGCCGCUGCACAUCGCCGCGCGCCUCGGCAACGUCGACAUCGUCAUGCUGCUGCUGCAGCACGGCGCGGCCGUCGACACCGCCACCAAGGACAUGUACACCGCGCUGCACAUCGCCGCCAAGGAGGGCCAGGACGAGGUGGCCGCUAUCCUCGUUGACAACGGCGCGUCAGUGAAGAGCACCACGAAGAACGGCUUCACGCCGCUGCAUAUCGCCGCCAAGUACGGUAACAUCAACGUGGCUAAGAUACUGCUGCAGAAGGAGAGCAGACUGGACGCGCAGGGCAAGAAUGACAUCACGGCUCUGUUGCUGGCUUGUCACUACGACCACCCAAACGUGGCGCAGCUGCUGCUGGAGAGGGGCGCCUCGCCUCACUUGGCUUCCCAGAACGGACAGACGCCGCUUCACAUCGCGGCCCGCAAGAACCAGAUGGACAUCACCACGACGCUGCUGGAGCACGGGGCCAAGGCCAACGUCGAGUCCAAGGCGGGCUUCACGCCGCUGCACUUGAGCGCCCAGAAGGGCCACUACGACAUGACCAAUCUGUUGAUCGAGCACGGCGCCGACCCCAAUCACAAAGCUAAGAACGGACUCACGGCACUGCACCUCUGCGCGCAAGAGGACUUCAUCAACGUGGCCUCGAUCCUGGUGAAAAACGGCGCGGACGUGGAGAGCGAGACGGAGACGGGUUACCGGCCGAUCCACGUGGCCGCCCACUUUGGCAACCUGUCGAUGAUACGCUUCCUGCUGAAGCACGGCGCCGCCAUGGACGUGAGCACCAAACAGAGCUACACGCCGCUGCACCAGGCCGCCCAGCAGGGUCACGUCCACGUCGUCUCGGCGCUCGUCGAGGCCAAGGCCUCGCACCGCGCGCGCACCAACGACGGCCUGACCGCGCUCAACGUGGCCCAAAAGCUGGGAUACAUCUCGGUCAUGGAGGUGCUCAAGGGGCUCGUCUACGACGGCCUCACGCCCGACAACAAGAACUGGGAGGAGAAAUACCGAGUGAUCGCCCCCGAAAGCCUGCAGGACGCGAGCCUCAUGUCCGACUCGGACGACGAGGGAGGUCGGUAUGGGGCGCGUCGUUCGGCGCUGGGACGCCCUCCAGACGGGAGCCGCUCUCGACGCUCGCCCGGCGGUUCGGACGCGCUGAUCAGCGAGCAGCCGUACCGCUACCUCACCGCCGACCUGAUGAAGAGCCUGCGCGACGACUCGCUGCCGAUCGACGUGACCAGGGACGACCCGCUGCACAAGCAACUCUCUCACGAGGAGAAGCAGCAGUUCGUGCAGAGCAGCAACUACUGCGCCGCCGAGACCUUCGACAGCAGCGACUGCGCGAGGUUCCUCGUGAGCUUCCUGGUGGACGCGCGCGGCGGCACGAUGAAGGGCUGCCGGCACAGCGGCAUCCGGCUGGUCGUGCCGCCCCGGCGAGCCAGCCAGCCGAUCCGCGUCACCUGCCGCCUCGUCAGGCCCGGCAAGAUGGCCAACCCACCGCCGCUGAUGGAGGGCGAGUCGCUGGCGACGCGCGUCAUCGAGAUGGGUCCCGUCGGCGCCAGCUUCCUGGGGCCGGUGCUCAUCGACGUCCCGCACUUCGCCUCGGUGCAGGCCCAGCACCGGGAGAUCAUCGUGCUGCGCAGCGAGAACGGCGAGAGCUGGAAGGAGCACGACAACGCUGCCGACAACGACUCGACGCUGCUCGGCACGGCCUUCGAUCCGGCGAUGAGUGCCGCGCACUCGGGCCGCAUCACGCGCAUCCUCGCCUCCGAGUUCCCGCAGUACUUCGCCGUGGUUACGCGUAUCAGGCAGGAGGUCCACGUGAUCGGCUCCGAGGGCGGCGUCCUCGCGUCCAGCGUGGACGCCCAGGUGCAGGCGGUGUUCCCGGCCAACGCCCUCACGAAGAAGAUCAAGGUGGGUCUGCAGGCGCACGUGAUCCCGGCCGAGCUGACGGCCAAGCUGCUCGGCAAUUGCGUGGCCGUAUCGCCGGUGGUCACGAUCGAGCCGCGCCGGCGCAAGUUCCACAAGCCGAUCACGCUGACGCUGCCGGUGCCCCGGGCGGCUAACAAGGGCAUGGUCAACCAGUACGGUGCCGACACGCCCACGCUGCGGCUGCUCUGCAGCAUCGCCGGCGGCACCAGCGAGGCCCAGUGGGAGGACGUCACCGGCUCCACGCCCCUCAACUUCGCCAGCGACAAGGUCUCCUUCACCACCACCGUCUCGGCCCGCUUCUGGCUCAUGGACUGCCGUAACGUGCAGGAGGUGCCCAAGAUGGCCUCCGACCUCUACCGCGAGUCGCUCUACGUGCCCUUCAUCACCAACUUCGUCGUCUACUCCAAGCGGUUGGAGCAGGUGGAGGCCACCCUGAGAAUCCUCUGUAUGACCGACAGCAAGGAUGGCACGCCCACGCUCGAGAAGCAAGAGCGAUUCGCCGAGAUAGUCAAAAGCCGCGACGUCGAGACGCUCGACGGCAAAGACCUAUACAUCGAGUUUAGCGGCAACCUGGUGCCUGUGACCAAGUCCGGCCAGCAGCUCAAGCUCACCUUCCGAGCUUUCAGGCAAAACCGACUCUCGUUCCAUGUAAAGAUCAAGGACGCUCAGCUCGAUCCCGUGGCUAGGAUGAUGUUCAUGCGCGAGCCCAAAGUCGCCAAAGGCGAGCCCGCCCAGCAGCCGGUCUGCCUACUCAACAUCGUGCUGCCUGACAUCGCUUGCCUCGAUAACAACAGGACCCUUGAGGACUCCAACAUCAUUGCGCAAAAAAUGGAUCUACUCAGGAAGUCUUACCAGAUAGACUACAGCGAAGAGAAGAGCGAUCGGCCCAAAUACACCUCGCCAUCAGAGAGCGGCGAGUUCGUUGCUCAAGAUGCAGUCGGUAGCCUGCUAGCUCAAAAAGAUCAAUUUGCCACUCCCUUAGAGACCGUAGAGGCUAGCUUUUCCGCAUCACCUGCCUUGGAAAAAAAGACUUACACCGAGAAGCGACGAUUCUGGGAAGAUAUGGCGCGUAGUAAGCGUGAAAGUUUUCAACGCAGCGAGUCCGAGGUGUCGCAUACUUCUCAACUUACUUAUCAUGACAGUGAUAGCGAGUGCCUGAGCGAGGUACGCGAGCAUAACGGCGGCGAAGCUUCCGGGGUAGGCGACGGCCCGUCAACCGACAUGUCUGAGGCUACUGUGGCCGAGAAAGCUCAAUACUUUGAAAAGCAAAUACUCAAAGAGCAGAAGACCAUCAGAACUUCUGUUAUUAGUCAGUCGUCUCAAGAUUUGGCGAGGGGAACAGCAAGGUGGUCGGGCAUUUCGACCUCCAGUGAAGACGACAAGUCACUUAAAGUAUUUGAAGAAACCGAGCGAAUGUUGGAAACGAAAACGAGUGAGGAGAUUGGCCAAGAGAAAUAUUGGGACAAGUCGAAAGGAGGAGAUAAAAGUAAGGACGGUAAAGGUAAGGCAGCGGAGAAGAAGGAAAAGGGACAUGCGCAUAUCCCGGAAACAAUUGAAAUAGCAGACAAUGGAGUGAAAGUAGAGAAGAUACGAAGCCAAGGUAAAGAGAAAAAAUUAGAGACAACUAAAAAAGAGAAAAAAAUGAAUAAAAUGGACAAUUCAGAUAAUGUCAAAAAAGAAAUAGACAAGCAGGAAAAAUCAGACAAACAGAAAGUGCAACCUGCGCACAAUCAAGACAAGCAGAAGAAAAUAGAAACAAUAGAAAAGGAAGAGAAAGAUGUUAUGGACAAGAUGGAUAAAGUAGAUAAAGAAGCGACUGAACUCAAGCCGGAGAAGGUCGAAAAGGAAUGGAAAGAUGUUAAAAUAGAAGUGUUGCAACCUGUUGCAAGAGUUGCCGAUGUUGAAAAGACUGAGAAGCUUGAUGAUAAACCCGAUAAACCCUAUGACAAGGCAGAUACCAAACUAUUAGAGGAAAAAAAAGAACAAAAAGAUAAGCAUGAAAAGAAAGGAUUUUUCGAUUUUAAAUUUAUGAGAAAAAAAACAGAUGAUGAAAAAAGUAAAAAGGAAGAAAAGCGAAAGAGUAAAGAAGAAAAGGAAUUAACUAAAAAGGAGGAAAGGAAAGGAUUUUUCAUAUGGAAACAUGACUCCAAAGAAGAGAAGAGUGAGAAAAAGGCUAUCAAAACCGAAAAAGAGUCGUCGCAAAUUAAAAUAGAACCAAGGGAAAUGAAAAGUGAUCAAGAGGUAAUUGACAGUGAAAAAAGUAUUAAGACUGACACUGACAAACCAUCAAUUCUGAAAAUUGAGACUAAUGAAAUAAAAAAUACUGAAGAAAAGACAGAUAGCGAAAAGGAAAUUAGUACAUCAACUACAAUACCACAAAUAUCUGAAAUGAAAGACACAGACGAAAAAUCAGAUAAUAAGAAGGAAAUCGAUAAUGAAACAGGUGAAGCGGCGAAAGACGCAUUUAAACGUAUGACACUUACAGAUCAAUCCACAAUAAUAGUAGAUAAUACAGAUGAUAAAGAUGAUCGGUUUGAGAUAUUGGCGCAAUCCACAUUAGAAAUAGACGUAAAAGAAGGCAAGGAACAAGAAAACGUAACAAUGCAACAAAAAGAUGCAGAAACUAAAUCGGCAGCAGUAAUAACAGCAGAAACAAAAAGAAUGGAAAAAUCUUCCCCGAAAAUGAUUCCACCACGACAAAAAGCUGAAGACAAACCAUUAUCCAAAUCGCCACCAAAGAAAGAUAAGCCGAAAAAUGAUUUAUUGUCAAAGUCUCCUCCGAAGAAAGACAAACCAAAGGAUGACCUGCCGUCAAAGUCACCUACAAUAAAAGAUAAACCAAAGGAUGACUCGUUAUUAUCAAAGUCAAUCCCAAGGAAAGACAAAUCCAAAGAUGAUUUGUUAUCAAAGUCGCCGCCGAAGGUACACGAACCGAAAGACGACGUGAUAUCAAAAUCGCCCUCAAAGAAGGACAAAAAUAAAGACGACUCGUUAUUAUCAAAGUCAAUCCCAAGGAAAGACAAAUCUAAAGAUGAUUUGUUAUCAAAAUCACCGCCAAAGACAGACGAACCGAAAGAUGACGUGACAUCAAAAUCGCCAUCAAAGAAGAAUAAACCAAAAGACGACUCGUUAUUAUCAAAGUCAAUCCCAAGCAAAGACAAAUCCAAAGAUGAUUUGUUAUCAAAGUCGCCGCCGAAGGUACACGAACCGAAAGACGAGAUGAUAUCAAAAUUGCCCUCAAAGAAGGACAAACCAACAGAUGACUCGUUAUUAUCAAAGUCGAUCCCUAGGAAAGACAAAUCCAAAGAUGAUUUGUUAUCAAAGUCGCCGUCAAAGACAGAUGAUCCGAAGGACGAUGUGAUAUCAAAAUCGCUCUCAAAGAAGGACAGACCAAAAGACGACUCGUUAACAAAUUCACCGCCAAAGAAAGAUAAACCAAAAGAUGAUUUGCUAUCAAAAUCACCUCCGCAGAAAGAUAUGCUUGACGAUGCCUUAUUAUCAAAAUCCUUGGCAAAGAAAUACGAACCAAGAGAUGAAGUGUUAUCAAAGUCACCUCCGAAAAAAGAUAAACUAAAAGAUAACAUAAUAUCGAAGGCAACACCAAAGAAAGACAAAUCAAAAGAUGAUUUAUUUUCAAAGUUCUUGCCAAAGAAAGAUGAAUCAAAAGAUGAUAUGCUAUCCAAGUCGUCUCCGAAGAGAAAUAAACCUAAAGAUGAUGUGCUAUCAAAGUCACCUCCAAAGAAAGAUAAAUCGAAAGAACACUUAUUGUUAUCAAAGUCGCCUUCAAACAAAGACAAAUUAAAAGAUGAAUUAUGCUUAAAGUCGCCUCCGGAGAAAGAUAAAUCAAAGAAAGAUUCUUUGGCACUAUCUGCCUGCAAGAGAGAAACAUUAAAUGAAGACGUUUCACAUAAAUUCCCUCCGAAAAAUGAGGCCUCGUUGAAGACGCCUCUCAAAAGAGACGAGCAAAAAGAUUUGACGCCACUGGUAGAGAAAGCAAAAGAGGAUGCGUUAUCGGGACCAAUUCAUAUGAUGGAUGAAACGAAAGAAGAUUUGGCGUCCAAAUCUCCUCCAAAGUACGAAAAAUUAACAGAAGACGCACUAACGAAUAUGUCACGGAAAUUGGAAACAGCGAAAGGAAUCGUUGUUGUUGAAACAAAACAAAAUGCGAAUAAAGAGAAAGAAUUAGUACCCGAUAAAACUGAAUCGGGUAUGUUGGAACCGGUGCUGUCAAAGCAAGAAAAAUCCACAGACCGUUUUACUAUGCAAUCUCUACACAAAACCGAUAAAAAUAAAAUUGACAUUGUAUCAUCUUCAAAAGUUGAUAUGGUUUCAGAGAAACCAACGUCAGAACAAGAAUCACUGAAAGCAGAUAAAGGCGUAUCAUCAAACUUGUCUUCCAAAACAGAAAUGGAAGUACUGAAAAUAACGACGAUCGAUAAUGAUGCAAAUAAGGAGGGCUCGGCAACAAUGAAUAUAAAAACAAUCAAGACCGGAACUAAAAAGGAAACAAUCUCAGCAGUUGGCCCUGAUAAAAAACUAAAACAAGAAAAAUUUCAUGACGGUGUGGAAGUCGAACGAGCUUUGGGUACACCAGAGAGAUCUAAACAAACGCUGGAAGUUUCAAAAAAGACGAUAAUAGAAUUAAAGCCUGCGCUGAUGAAAAAAGAAACAAAGGAUCAAAUUCCAAAGAUUUCCACGAUAAAACAAGAUAAACCAAAAGAUGUACCAAUGAGUAAAGUGCCUUCAAAGAAAUCUAUGAUUACUCCUUCCGUCGAAAAGCUAUCGCCUGAUAAGCAAGAAAAAUCCAAUAUUGAACCAGAUCAUCUCCUAAGUGAACCACAUAAAGGAGAAAGAUCUACGAAGAUGCCAGAAGAUUUACCUAAAGAAUCGCUAGCAGCACCGAAAAGGGAAAGGUCCUUAGGUAAAAUACCAGAGUCUUGGAUACCGGUGAGAGAAAAAUCAAAAGAAGAUUUUUCUAUUAUAUCGCCACCACGAACUGCUACACCGAAACGGGAAAAAUCUGUUGGUGAAAUUUCCAGGUCAAUGAUUCCAGUCAGAGAGAAAUCCAAAGAAGAAAUUCUAUUUAAGCCUACAUUUAAGGAUGACAAACCAACAGAAUCACCAACAGCAACUCCAAAAAGAGAACGAUCUUUGAGUGAAAUUCCAAAGUCAAUCAAAUCGCCGCCGAGGAUAUCACCUUCGGCAACACCUAAACGAGAAAAGUCUAUCGACGAAAUUCAAAAAUCCAUGAUUCCUGUGAGAGAAAAAUCUAAAGAAGAGUUUGUAAUCAAAUCACCUCCUGGAAUAUCACCAUCAGCAACACCGAGAAGAGAAAGGUCGUUGAGCGAAAUUUCGAAAUCUAUGAUACCGCGACGAGAGAAAUCAAAAGAAGAAUUUUCCAUCAAGUCUCCUGCAAACGACGCAUCAAACGGUUCUGCCAAAAAAGGAAAGUCUGCAGAAGAAAUUUCCAAGUCUAUAAUACCGAGGAGAGAAAAUUCCAAAGAAGAAUUUUCCAUUCAAUCGCCGCCACGAAUAUCAUCAUUAACCAUGCCGACAAGAGAGAGAUCGGCAAGUGACAUUCCAAAAUCUAUGAUACCGCGACGAGAGAAAUCGAAAGAAGAUUUUGCAAUGAAAUCAAGCCCGUUGCCGACGCCCAAGAGAGAAAAGUCCAGUGGUGAGAUAACGAAAUCCAUGAUACCAGUCAGAGAAAAAUCGAAAGAUGAUUUUUCGAUCGAGUCGCCGACGAAAGAUGCAACACCUAAAACAUUACCACCUUCCACCGCCAAGCGAGAAAAAUCUUCAGGUGAAAUAGCUAAAUCUAUGAUUCCGCGAAGAGAGAAAUCGAGAGAUGAAUUUUCGAUAAAGUCUCCUUCGAAAGUACCGUCGCCAGCUCCAAAACGAGCAAAUUCCUCGGGGGAAUUGCCCAAAUCAAUGAUACCACGGCGGGAAAAAUCAAAGGAUGACUUUGCUUCAAGAUCCCCUCCUAAAGAUGGCAAAUCAUCGUCAUCGUCGUCGUCGUCUACCGUUGCAAUGCCUGCAAAGAAAAAAUCCGUCGGAGAAUUUUCUAAAACAACGGUUGCAAGAAGAGAGAAGUCGAAAGAAGAAUUUUCUCUCAAGUCCCCGCCAAAACGCGAAAAAUCGAAAGACGAUUUGCCAUCGAUUUCUGUUCCCAAGAAAGAGCAAUCGAAAUCUGAAAUAUCGAAGUCAACGAUGCCCAUGCGGGAAAAGUCAAAAGGCGAAAUAUCGAAGGGAGCGAUUCCGAAGAGAGAGAAGUCCAAGGAUGAGGUUCUUGCUAAAGUUGCUCCCAAAAGAGAAAAGUCGAAAGAUGAUUUAGCUGCUAAGACUGGUCCGAGAAGAGAAAAAUCUAGAGAUGAAAUUUCUUCAAAAUUAGCCUCGAAAGAAGAAGUGUUUGCUAAGACAGGCUUGAAGCAUCAGGAUGCAAAAGGCGAGGUGUCACCGAAAUGCAGAGUUAAAAAGACUGAAACGACGGCAAUGACCAUAACGAGUACGGCGAGCAAGUUUGGUGCCACACGCCGCGACUCUAAGGAGGAAUCGUCUAGAGCUGGCGUUAAGAAGACUGUAGAGUAUCCUUCGAAGUCGAUUCCAAAGAGAGAGAAAUCGCAAGAUGAAGCGACGAAGAGUAGGCUUGCUAAGCGCCGAGAUUCGAAAGACGAUCCGACAAAAUUGCUAUCCAAAGGUCCAAAAGGUCCAAGAUUGCGAGACUCGGAUAGCCUAUCGUGCAGCUCGACCAGUUCGUCCUCGCCACGAGGAAGCUUUGGCAUAGCGGCGAAGAAGGAAGCCGAAGGGACGAAAGAAGCGGACGCUGUCGUGAGCGGCAAGAACGAGGAAAGCGAGCAGACGAGGACUGAACAACACAAGGAGCAUCCGAGAAUACGAGCUAGCGAGUCCUGGACAUACUCGGGGUCGCUCGCGGGUGAUUCGAAAGAGGCCUUAAAGCUUUUCGAAGACACGAGUGCCUUAAAGCCAGCCGAUUUUGUCACGGCCGAUAACGUACUUACCUCGAAAAUAGACUGCAAGUCCACAGCGUCCUUGGAAAAGACGGAGAUUCGAUCUUCGGGAGUCGACACUGGCGACGCCGAGAUUACGGCUCACGAACGAUGGGAGGACGCACAAAGGAAGCAGAUGUGCGCAUCUCUUGCCGAGGAGCGUCACUCGCCAGGCGAGAGGCUCGAAGAAGCGGAGAGCACCGUUAGAGACAGAGUACUGAGCGCCACGGAGAAGACUUUGCUGGGUUUGACCGACGAGCUUGCAACAGCAGGAGCUUCCGCUUCGGAAACGGGCGAAGACAUCGAGCACACAGUCGACAACAGAUCAGCCGAGAGCGAUGAGAAAACGACGAGAGCGUGGAAAGCAAGCGCAAUCGGCGCUGGGGUGAAGCUCGAUACGGAAUGUAGUGGCGAGAAUGCAGAGCGCGGCAGCAUUGGCAGAGUCGUCGACGAGUCUACCAUUCGCGAAGAAGCGACCCCCAUUUCUCGGCGGACUCGGGAGAAUGCAACGGAACACCGGGAAUGCUACGACGAGUCGGAGACAGUGCCAGGAGCAGCAGAGGUCAAGCGAUCAGGGGCGCGCGAGUCCGCAGUCGUCCACGACGAGCGCGGCGGCGGCGGCGACGGCGGCGACGACGACGACGACGUGAACCGCAAAUCCGAGAGCGCAAUGCGCGAUUCAGGCGCUGCGCAAAUGAUCGACAAGACGGACCCGGUUGUCUUGCAAGAGCCGGGCCAUGCUUGUGCGAGCGCCAGCGACCGCCUUACCAAAGACGAGUCCGGCAGCGGUUCCGAGCGAAUCGACGCCAAGCCGGAUAAGCUGGCGGACAUGAAAAUGGCCGCCGAGACGAGCUUCGACGGCAAGCUGACGUCCGAGCUGUCGGGCGCGAAAGUCCUCGAGAUUUUGGAGCCGGAGGCAGACCCGGUCUCAAGACAAGAUUCGACGGACGUCUCUUCCCUGGAGAUCGACGAGACGAGGUUCUCAUCGAGUGUCCCCAGAGUGGACACUCUACACGAAAGUCCCGCCGUCGACUCGCUGGAAGCCCUGGAGCGCGAGGGCUCCGCGAGCCCGGUCACAUUCUCGGAGGACACUAACAUCGACUACUCGCUACCGCGAGACGGUAGCCACAAGAGGCAAGAAGUGAGUCUGCAGAGAAUCACCAUCAGGCGCAGAACGGAGAGGGACUCGUUCGAGCUCGACAGCCCGCCGCUCGUUUCGCCCCGUCUCAAGCCCAGAGAGUUGGAAAUUCGGCCGGUGAACUGGUCGAUCGGCGACGAAAAAAUCGAAGUCAAGGAGACGCUCGAGCCCUCCGAAGCCUUUGACAAGGAACUAGAGGAAUACCAGACGUCGCUGGAGCAGCAGCAGCAGCAGCAGCAGCUAGAAAAAGUUGCGCUACCCGAGUUGGCCAUUCCGCGCAUACAUGAGCCACAAGCGUCGACCCCGAGGGCGUCCAAAUUUACGGUCGCACCGGUGAGCGAGUCGGACUUUGACGUUGACAGGGAACUGGUGGAGGAUAAGCUGGACGUCAGCUGCCAGGAGCUGAUGGACACAUUGCAGCGAGAGUACGAGGCGAAAACCCCGACUGACGAUCGACUGGAAGAGAUGGCUGCGAGGUCCUUCCAUUUCAUGGCCGUCGAUGUGGACGACGAGGGCUGCGAAGACAGUUUCGACCAAGACCGGCGGGAAUGGCAGCACGAAAAGGCAGCGUCAACAACGAAGAAGGAGCCGCUUCUAGAAACGAAAACCGCGGUGAACGUCAUCGAGAAGCAGCCGUUCAUGAGCCUCGACGAGACUCAGCCUAGGCUCAGGAAGGGCGAAAUGGUGCAGCUAUUCGACGAGCUAUUCGAGGAGGGCAUCCAACUGAAGCCCGCCGACGCAGAGCACGACGCUGGCGCGCCAGCAGAGCUGGUGGCAGCCGACGAGUCGAGAGGCUCGUACAACCUGGCUGAAUUCGACAAGCAUCCCCAGACCUCGGAGGUGUUAAUGAAGACCGAGUGGCGAGGCAAGCCGACCAGAACCGAGGAGCGAAGGCGAGAGAGCGAGGACGUGCAGCUGGUCUCGUACAAGAGCUUCGAUCCGGAGGACGCCAAGACCCGGGGGGAGGACCAGCUGGGGAAGUCGGCCCGCUCGGAGGGCCAUCGCGAGGCGUCGAGAGCAACGAAAAGCGAGAAGCGCGACAAGCCACACUACGAGAGCGCCGCCGCCAGCGGCAGUCCGCUCAAGAAGAAGAAGGUCAAGGACAAGGACAAGGACAGGGAGAAAGAGCGGGACCGGGACAGCGACCGGCCGGAGGAGCAGUGCGUGGACAUGAGCGCGCGCUACGCCAUCACGGUGCUGGACCAGGUGGUGAAGAAGGAAAUCGCCGAGGUGAAGGAAAGCCUGGAGGCUGCCAAGCAGGAUCUGAUCGAGGAGCUGAGCGAGACCGGCGAGAACGUGGCCCUGCAGAUCAAGGACUCGCCGUCCGAGUUCCAGUUCAAGCUGCAGCCCGAGUCGAUCCCCAGCGAGCUGCCGCCGUUGCUCUACGAGGUGCCCUCCUCCGACAAGCUCGGCGACGGCGACGCGGACUGCCCCUCGGCCCCGUGCGCCUGCUCGCCGGUAGCCAAGCCUCGGCGCCAGAGCGGCGAGCUGCCCCGGGACGAGGGCAUCGCCGCGGCGGCCAGGGAAGAGAGCAGCGGCUUCGCGCUGCAGCCCCCGCAGCCGGCGCCGCGCCGCCGCCCGCGGCGCGCCGACGGCGGGCCCGCCUCCGAGAGCGAGGCGGACGUGUCGAGCAGCGGUGAGUACGAGAGUGCGGCCAGCCGGCCGAGCUCUUCGGACAUGGAGCACCUGCAGCCGCUGAGCUCGUCCGAGUACGAGACGGCGGUCGCCUCCUUCGAGCACUCGUCGUCCAAGGCCACCUCCAAGGACUACGUGACCGCGGCCGCGAGCCUCAGCUCUAUGGGCUCGGUCAAGUCGCUGAGCUCCGGCCAAUACGCCAGCAUGGACAGCGCGAGCGAGCUGUCGGAGACGUUGAUGGCCUCCGACGGCGACGUGGAUGACGUGGACGACGAGGAGGUCGUCGACGGAAACCUCGAGAACAUGCUGGAGGACGACGCCAAGGAGGCGCCUGUUCGACUCGACCCCGACUCCGUACCCUGCCUGAUGAAGCGCUCCAGCGAAAUGAUCUUCAGCCAAGUGGUCGGUUGGUCAGCCCGAGCGAGUAAGCCUGGCGACUUGCACCUCUCAUCGCCGUCGCCGCCAUUGCAGAUCACUACCGAGUCGACGGAGUCGGCGGAGUCGGCGGGCGAGGCGAGCGGCCUGCAGAGGCAGCAACAGCAGAACCUCGGUAAAGCCCUGGCUGGCGACGAGCUGUCCAGCAGCCCGUCCGAGUCGGCGAAAGAGAGCUACUCGUUCGAGCCGGACUCGCUUGAAAUGUCCAAGCUCAUUGCGGCUGCACCCGAGCCGGAGGACGCGCACACCCACGAGCUAACUCUGCAGCAGCAGCAGAGUAUGACGUCGUCGUCGAUGUCGGGUGUCUCGCUGGAGACCGUGAUUGAGAAGGACCAGGCGGACAGGCGCUCGCCCGACAGCGACUCGUUCGAGCUGGUCGAGAAGCCCGAUCUCAUCGACGAUUUCGUAGUUAUCGAGGAGGUGGGCCGCGAAGCCCAGGAAUGCGACUCGGAAGGCAAGGGCAUCCGCAUCAGCUCGAACCCGCUGGCGAGCUCCAGGCUGUACGACCGCGACGUGGAGGACCUGCUGGCGAAGGAGGAGCAGCAGCAGCAGCAGCAGCAGCAGCAGCAGCAGCAGCAGCAGCAGCAGCAGCAGCAACAACGCCAGCGGCAGCAGGCCGCCUCGCAGAAAGGCGGCGAGCUGUUCGAGUUCGAGAGCGAGGAGAGCCCACCGCAGGCGUCCAACGAGGAGGGCUACUCGCGGUCGUACUCGGACGAAGAGCCGGACGCCGGCAGCGGCAGCGCCGCCAGCAAGAAGUGGGUGGAGAUGCAGUUCCAGCAGAGCGAGGCCGGCCGGCUGUACGAGCUCGAGUACGAGCGCGGCCCGCUGGAGGAUAUCAAGGAGGAGGACAUGGCGGAGCUGGAGGCCGGCGGCAGCCGCAUCGGCAGCCUCGGCAGCCAGAAGGAGUCGAUCGGCAGCCUGGGCAGCAUGCGCGGCAGCUUCGGCAGCACGCCCGACCACUUGGACUCGCUGGCGGCGCGCCGGCUGCUCCGGGCCAGCGACCACGACAACCUGUCGCUGAGCUCGCUGCAGGAGUUCGAGCACCUGGAGAGCGCGCUCGCCCAGUCGCAGGAGAGCGCGCGCCGCCAGCAGCAGCCGCGGCCGGCGCUGCAGGCCGGUGCGCACUCGGGCAGCUCGCAGGACUCGUCGAGCAACGGCAGCCUGCCGCGCGGCCGCUACAAGCCCGGCAGUAGCCUCGGCGACGACGCCUCGGGCUCCUCGGUGCGCGACUUCGAGGCGCUGGAGAAGGCCUGCCGGGAGGCCCACCUCAUCGAACUGCGCGCGCGCGAGGAGGAGGAGCUGCUGGACCACGAGAGCCCCGAGAACCGCUACAAGCUGGAGAGCCUGGCCAGGGCCAAGCUCGAGGCCCAGGACGCCACGCCCGCGGGCUCCUUCCAGCCCAGCACCUCGGGCUCCGACGACUACGAGAAGCGCAUCCAGGAGAUCGACGACAUCAUCAGGAUGGCCCAGGCGAGCGCCGACAAGAUCGACCGGCCGGACGUUGCACCGGUGGGCGACGCAGGCGACGCACGCGCCGUGGCGCGCGCGGAGCCGGUGGCCAGCCUGAUGGAGACCAGUGUGGACUCGCUGGAGGGCGAGGGCGCGCCCAACUACAGCCUCAUGUGCAAGAGCGCGGACUCGCUGGAACUGAGGGUCGCGCUCGAGCACCCCUCCAUCAGCUCGGACUCGCUCAAGGAUCCGUCGCACGAGCAGCAACAGCAGUUCCGGAGCAGCAGGCGAGUUUCCUCCGACAGCUUGGAGUGUCCCGGGCAAGAUCACAGCAAGGACGGCUCGAACAAGGACAGCAUCAGCGAGGGCUAGGCGGGCUCGGCUUAGCCGGCACUGGCCGACGUCGAUCACUCAUGGACCACGAGCUGUAGUCGGCUUUGCGAGCGCGGCGGACGGUCGCGUUGCCACUGCACGCACGAUUGUUUGACGCCGAGGAGUCGAGAUUUCAUCGCACAUCGAGACAAGCAGACGCGACAUCCUCUCGAUU